AUGACUGGAGAAUUCAGAACGUGUGGAAAGAGACAGAUGUCAGAGAAAUGGGAGCUGUUCCACAUCAAAUCAGGUUUAAUCCCUUCUGACCAUCCAAGUGCGUGCACAAUUUUCCUGAAGAAAUCUCAAGUGGACGUGCAAGAAAAGAGGAAGAACAGCUAUUCCUACCAUGUGUCUCCUGGUCACCUUAGGGAAAAGUACAGCUCGUGUGCUACAGUAUUUGUAGACAGCACUAUUUCUCAGUCUGAUUUGAAAAUCACCUUGCAGUGCCUGGCACUAGCAAUAUAUUAUCACAUAAAGAACAGAGAUGCAAAUAGAUCCAAGGACAUUUUUGAUGAGAGGAUCCAUCCUUUCACACAGGACAUGGUUCAGGAGGAACACUUUACCACGGUUCAGGAGGAAGUUUACAUAGAAAGACUUUUAACAUAUGCUGAAAUCGACAUUUGCCCAACUAACUGGAAACGAAUUGUUUUCGGCGCCAUUGUUCUGGCUUUCAAGUAUUGGCACGAUCUGGAUAUAUCAAAUUCGAUAUUCUGUCAAAUCUGCAAGGGCAUUACAGUCAAGGACUUAAGUGAACUGGAAAGACAAUACUUUUAUCUACUACAGUUUAGUCUUUAUGUUUCGCUCAGUGUCUAUGCCAAAUACUAUUUUGACCUUCGGUCCUUAGCAAGUGACCACGGAUUGCCUAUUGCAUUUGCUCCUCUUGGAAAAGAAAGAGCACUGAACCUAGAGGCCAUUUCCAGAUAUUGUGAAAACAAAAACCUGUGCAGGGUGGCCAUAAAAAAAUCUGGCAGCUGUGCUAACCUUACUGAUGUGCAGCGUGCCCAUGCCAUCUUAUCUUAAGGAGGAAUGAGGGCUGUGACAUGAUGAGCGCCUCAUCUGCAAGGACUGGAGAAGAAUCACCGCUCCUGCUCCAAUCCCAGCUAAGUUCUUUCCUUUUAAGGGAGACGGGGGCGGCGGGGGCGUAUUGACAUAAUGAGUU